AUGGAGUAUUUGUAUAGAUCACUUAAACAGUUGAGAUAUAUUCCAGAUUUUAACUAUCAUCCAAGAUGCAACAAGAUGGAGAUAGUUCAUAUAUGCUUUGGGGAUGACUUAAUCAUGUGUUGUAGAGCUGAUGUAAUUUCAGUGAAGUUGAUGAUGAAGCAGUUUAAUCACUUCUCAAAAGUAUCUGGAUUAAAGGCCAAUUUAGAGAAAAGUUCUUUAUAUGUGGCAGGGGUUAACUCACGGUUGAAGAAUCAAAUAUUAGAAGAGAUGCAGUUUUCAGAGGGGGAGAUACCAUUCAGAUAUUUGGGAGUUCCUCUAUCAUCAAAGAAGAUCACAGUUCAACAGUGUCUACCUCUAGUUGAAAGAAUGACUGCAAGAAUAAGAUGUUGGUCUACGAAGUACUUAGCAUAUAGUGGAAGGGUCCAACUCAUAAAGGGUGUUCUAUUUGAGAUGCAAACUUAUUGGGCCCAGACAGGCAAUCAUGAAAGCUCAAGGGGAGCACUGGUUGCAUGGGAAACAUUGUGUAAGCCAUAUUCAGCAGGGGGUCUAAAUUUUAUAGAGUUUCAUACUUGGAACAAAGCAGCUCUUAGCAAGCUGUUAUGGGCUGUAGCAGUGAAGAAAGAUUCUCUUUGGAUAAAAUGGAUACACACAUUCUAUAUCAAAGGGAAAGACAUACAACAAAUGACAACAUUAGCUAGAGCUUGUUGGAUAGUACGAAAAAUAUUGGACGCAAAGAAACGGUACUUGAACAAGGAUUUAAAUGCGGCGUUACAAGACUGCUGCAUCACAGGUAAGUUCAGAAUCAAAAAAGCAUACCAAGCCUUCCUACCACAGAAUCAGAAGUUGAAAUGGAGAGGACUUGUAUUGGGAUCAAAGACUAUUCCAAAACACAAGUUUAUCUUAUGGCUGGCACUUAUGCGAAGGUUAGCUAUUGUGGAUCGAAUACAAAAAUGGGGUGUCAAUGUACAAACAGAUUGUGUUUUGUGUAGUACAGGAGAUGAGGAGACCUUGCAGCAUUUGUUCUUUCAAUGUAGUUACUCUGCCUACAUCUGGAAUUCAAUACUUCAAUGGCUAGGAGAGAAGAGGAAGAUCAGUAACUGGGAAGAAGAAACAGAAUGGAUUAGCAGAAAAACAAGGAACAGCAGACCACGAGCACAGAUCCUGCUAUUCUUAUAUGCUGCUACUGUUUACCAUUUGUGGAGUGAAAGAAACAUAAGAAGAUUUCAAGACAAAAAGAGAGAGGGUCGACAAAUCCUUAAAGAGAUUGUAAUACAAUUGCAUACAAGAGGACAACAAUUCAGCAAAUGGAGAAGAGUCCUAGAGUCUUUGAAUAGCUACCCUAAGUAG